UUCACGAUACGAUCACGACAUUCCGCAAUCCGCUGCACUGCAUUUGCAAUAGCGUCAAAUUUUGUUGUUUGGAUUUUGGAAUUCUCGAAUUAUUUAAAAUUAGAAUAUAAACAUGGAUGUAAAGGAAUGUACAGAUUUGAGCGAAGAAAAUCAAUUCAUCGUGGAUGAUGUCAGCAAAAUUAUUAAAGAAGCUGUCGAAAACUCAAUUGGUGGGACUGCAUAUCAGCACAACAAAGUCAAUCAAUGGACAUCUGCUGUUGUGGAAUCAUGUCUUGGACAAUUGACUAAGCUUCAAAAACCUUAUAAAUACAUAGUGACUUGCACAAUAAUGCAGAAGAAUGGUGCUGGGCUCCACACAGCUUCCUCUUGCUUCUGGGACAACAACACGGAUGGAUCUUGUACUGUGCGCUGGGAAAAUAAGACCAUGUACUGUAUUGUUUCUGUUUUUGGUCUGGGCAUCUAGAUAUAAAUCUACUGUAAUUAAAUUAGGCUACACUAUAAUACUUAAACAUUCUAUUGACUGUCUAAUUACUCAAAGCUCUCCCAGUAUUUAUGUGCUAAUAAUAGUUUAUUGCUAGAAAUUUCUAGAAGAAUAUUGAAUUGUUAACUUUUCUCAAUGCUUUUUAUUAAAUUUUAUUUCAGAAUAUUUGUCAUUUUUUCAAAUUAAAAUUUAUGUAAGUCAUUACUAUAAUUUUACUUUAAGUUAGGAUAUAUUUUCUUACACAGUAAAAAGCAAUAACUUUUAUAUUGUUUUAUUUUUUUCAUAAAAUUAAUUUUUUGAAAGAGUUAUGAAUAUGGAUGCAAGAUAAAUUAUGUCUCAUUUUAUGAAAGCAGAGGACAAACAAGUCUACAGGUCAACUGAUCCUAAGUGAUCACUACCAUCCGUAUUCUCUUGCAAUACCAGUGGCAUCACAGGAAUGUUGCUAGCCUUAUGGAAAGGUUUACACACUUAUUUUUAAGAUACCCACGUCAAUAUUAUCCUGGAAACACUACACAAUGAAGCUCAGUCCAUAGUUUAGAAGAAAAAUACUAGAAAACCACACUGUAGAGUAACAACAGACACAUGUCAUUGUGAUGACCACAGAAUUGGGAAGCGCUUGAGAGUCAGUAUUCUGAGGUUCAUUUUGCCACCCUCUCAAGACUCCAUAGAAGAUAAAUUUAUUUAGACACUAGAUGGCGCUUUCCCGAGAGAGACCUAAUAAUGUAAAUUUAAGAAAAGUAGAAGAGGUUAGAGAUUUGGGUGUAAUUUUAGAUUGUAAACUGAACUUCAUUCCACAUUACAAUAAAAUAAUUUCUGAAGCUGCUCAGAUAUACAGCUUUAUAUAGCCAGUGACAAAAGAUUUUAAGAGCACCAAACCUAAAAUUAUUUUAUAUAAUGCACUAGUGCGGAGCAUUCUCGAAUUUGGCAGUACAAUAUGGAAUCCAUACUAUUCAGUACAUAGUGACCGGAUCGAGAGGAUAAAUCGUACGUUUACUAGACAUCUAUGUAAAAGCAAUAGAGAUGAUUAUAAUAGCAGGUUACAAUUAUGUAAUUUACAAAAAUUAGCAGCACGUCGGCGUAUGCUUGACAUUACAUAUCUGUACAAAAUUGUAAACAAUAAAAUAGAUUCUGUAGACAUAUUAAAUUGUAUAACAUUUCAAGUACCUCAACGUAAUACUCGAAAUAAAACAAACUUUUUCUAUUUACCGGUUACGAGAACUAAUAUUGGACAGAUUGCACCUUGCUAUAGGAUUUGUUCCACAUACAACUGCAUAAUUUUAAAUGAUGCUGAUCUAGAUCUCUUCAACGAUAAUUAAGCGGAUCUCAAACGAAAAUUACUUGCAAUUGCUUAAUAUUGUCAUAAGAUUGUAUGUAUUAAUAAAUUGUUAAUUUCAA